AUGAGGCAAAAUGCGCGUGCUCCGAGACGUGGUGCAGGACGUCCACGUAAGAGGACAUUGGAAUCCUUGGCGACAAAGUCGCUAGAGACAUCUGUUGGGGUCGAGCCUACCAAUCAGAGACAGACUCCACAUGGUACUGCGGGCUCGUCGGGCUCUCAGACUCCGAUGGUUUCAGAGGUACCUACCUCGACCGUACCCGUCGUACCCACUCCUACGAUAUUCACAGUGCCACCAGCGGUGCCACCAACGGCCUAUCCGGAAUCUCCACCAGUCAUGCCUACGACAUAUCCGGCACCUCCUUCAGUCGUGCCUACGGCGUAUCUGGCACCUCCUCCAAUUGUACCUGUUGUUGCGUACCCGGCACACGCACCAACAGCACCAGUUACACCUAUUGUACCUCCAGCCGUGCCCACCUAUAUUGACCCUGCAGUGUCACUAGCAGGACCUGUCGCAGCUUAUGCAGCAGCACCGAGGAUACCUCCCCCGGCCUAUCCAACGGUACCACCUGUAGUACUAGCUACAGUGGUUCCGCCAGUUCCCACAGUAGUCCCUACUCACCUACCUGAUAUAGUUACGAUACGAGCUCGGAUCCCAGUUUUGGCAGAAUCGAUGAAAAGUCGAUUCACACUAUUUCGCGGAGAGAUCGAUCCGAGUGUGGCCCAAUCAUUGAUAGAGAAUAUGGAGCGAACCUUCUUCUACAUGGCUUGCUCAGAGUCAGAGAAAGCAGAGCUGACUGCUUUCCAUUUUCGGGACGAGGCCGAUAUCUGGUGGGAUACGCAGUGCUCCAUCCUAGGCGAGCAGAAUAUUACCUGGGCGAGAUUCAGAGAAACUUUUGAGAGUUGGUACUGUUCACGGGCAUAUCAGACGACUCGCCGAUAG